AUGGCUGACAAAAACGCCAUCCUGUCGGACAAUAGCCAGGACGAUACUAGCGAAUAUCAAUACCAAGACCCAUCUCCAGGAGAUAGAGGAGUCUCCUCAGGAAGGUACCAAACCGUACCGGAAAUCAACUUCCCUGACGACAGGUGGAUGACUGAGAUUGGGUUCAACAACGAGACGGGACGCAAGUUGGUCAACAUGGCGCUAUGGGAUAAGGAAGUUGAACCUGGCGACACCGAGAUAGCGUUAUCUACUCGUGCAAUAAGUGCCUUGUACUAUGCCGCGUGCAAUCAAUAUAUUGAUUAUGAGAUCUUCAUGUGGCUUCUUGAUUACUUCGGCAACUGGACCCAUGAUGACUUUAAACGGCUUAGCGUACACGUCCAGAAAAAGAUCAAGGACAUGCUAAUGGACCGAGGCAUCUUUGUCGAUUAUGUUGGCAGGAAGAAGACGAUUGCAAAGGCACUAGAUGAUUUAGUGCAGAUGACUAGGAUGCCUGAGUGGCCGCAUGAGAUUACUGCCGCCAAAACCUUUGACUCACGGUCGAAAAUGGCCAAGGGUCAGUUCCCUCAACUUACUACAAAAAAUGGCAGUGAAGAAGAGGAACCAGAGGUAAUAGUCUCUUCUAUCGAGAGUGGCAAGAAGGACAACGCAAAGGGUAAGCAACUGUUGGUAGAGACACCGAAGCAGACGUCUCAAGAUCAUGGUCAACAGCCAGAAAAUCACGCUCAAGGCUUCAAGCGAUCACCGUUCUUGACCGGCGCGAAUGCUACGCUAAUAGUGCCACGAGAUGACAAGCCUAAUGGACCUCAAGAUCGCCUAAGCUUGCCUGGACCUGCUUAUACUUACCCAUACCGCCCCAAACUUGAGGACGACUGGCAUAGGCAGACACCGCGUUAUACUAUAGCACCCCCAGCGCCUGGGAUCUCAAUGCCAUUAGGAGAGUGGGAUGAUUGGACCAUGCUACCACCUAGAGAAGUUGAGUGUGAGCCUAUUGAUUCAAAGUCAAUGCUCACGUUCGUCAAGAUAUGGGAUAAAAAGUUUGCUUACUCUGGAGAUCGUCAAUAUUGGGAAGUCUUUCCUGAGAUGCUAUCUGGACGUGCAGGGGCGUACUAUAUGCACCAUGUCAAGCCAGGUGCUUCGUUCGCUCAGGCGUAUAAUGCGAUAAAAGUGUACUUUGACACGCCCAACAACCAGACAGAUUACUACCAGGAGUGGACCACAGUCACCCUGGCUGGAGAGCGCCAAAGCAAUCCCGGCAAAUUGUUGGUUGAGGUUAUAGAUCUCAUGGUCGAUAAACUUCAUUUAUGCCAGCGAGCGUUAGGAUCGGCAUAUGCUGGUGAUGAACAUCUCAUCGCUGCCAUCACGAGAGCGUGUCAAUCUACACCAGAAAUGGGCGAGGCUCUCAGUGAACCAACAAGCAGCUUCCAGACGAUCGUUUCUAAGCUGCGUGCCAGGGCAGGUGUAGUGCAGCGGAAGGAAUCAGCAGGCCAGUAUAUGGUAGAUAAAGUCAAUAAUCCUCAAGUGUUCUAUACAGACAGGAAGUUUAUAGGACACACAAAUCGCCACGACUAUCCUAGAUCGCGUCAAGAAUACCAACGCAAGAACCGUGACGACGCUAAACAACUCAGGAAGAGCGAUAGAAGGUGCUUUAUUUGUCAUCAAGAGAACUGCCGUUCAUGGAAGCAUUCUGAAGAAGAACGCCGCGAAGCGCGAGAUCGAUAUGACCGCUAUCGACAGGUGGAUGGAAGGAAGAAGCUGUCAACCUACGCUUACCAGACCUUCUUGCAGGAAUAUGAAGGCACCUCGUCAGACGAGGAAGACAAGGAUUCCACUGAGGAGGAGGUUAAGCAGGACGUGGCCACCGCGUACUUUAUGGUCAACCAACUGCAGGAUCGUGCCUUUAUCCACCGGAUAACAGGCUGCAAUAAUGGCAUAGAGCCGCCUGGACUUCACCUCGAUUUUGAAGUUAAAUUAUCUGGCCAAUCAGAAGGCGAGAAUAACUACCUUGCACCUGCCUCUCAGUUUCUUCUCGACCACUAUGAAAAUGAGACUUUUUAUGGGAUCAUGCCAGAUACAGGAGCAUCGACUGUCUCAACCAUUGGUAAAGGACAACUUGCUGCCUUCCUGAGACUCUAUCCCCACACUAAGGUCGAUAGAUCGCGUGUAGGGGAGUACUCAGUCCGCUUUGGCAUGGGCGACCCAAUAACCUCGACUGCAGUGAUUACCGUGGAAUCGCAGUUUGGUGAUAUAGAAUUCAACGCCAUGGAUUCACCAACGCCUUUCCUGUUCUGCCUCAAAGAUAUGGAUCGCCUACGCGUUAAAUUUGACAACCUUACCAAUAAGAUGAUCCAGGGAGAUCUUAUCGUACCGGUCAUUCGCAAGCGAGGCCACCCGUGGUUCUUCCUGGAUGAGAAGUACGCACCAGAGGCGUUUCUAACUGAGGUUGAGAUGAGGCGGUUACACCGCCGAUUCGGUCACCCUGCAGUUGACAGGCUGCACAAGGUCUUAAAGCGUGCAGGCCAUCUUGACGUGGAUUAUAAGAUGCUUGCGCAGAUUGAGGAAUUCUGCCACCAUUGCCAAAUAAACCGGCAAGCACCUAGACGAUACAGAUUCACGUUGCAUGACGACUGCGAGUACAACUACGAGAUCGUUGUUGACGUUAUGUAUCUUGAUGGCAAGCCAGUACUGCAUAUCGUUGAUUGGGCAACCUCAUUCCAAGCAGCGAGAUUCUUGAAGUCCCUAUCAACUAAGGACACCUGGGAAGCGCUUCGGGCAGCAUGGAUUGACACAUAUCUUGGUCCCCCUAAUGUCAUAUCCCACGACGCAGGAAUAAACUUUGCUACAGUAGAAUUUAGAACUGAGGCCAGGAUGAUGGGAAUCCGGUGCCACCAGGUGCCUGUCGAGGCUCACAACGCUAUUGGCAAGGUCGAACGGUACCACACACCACUGCGCCGCGCUUAUAAUAUCAUAUUGUCGGAACUCGGUGAAAGCGUCGACAAGGAGAUCAUACUUCAGAUGGUGGUUAAGGCUGUCAAUGACACAGUAGGACCAGAUGGAUUAGUACCAACCAUACUAGUCUUUGGUGCCUAUCCUCGCAUGACUUACGACUCGCCACCAUCAGCAUUGACAGCAAAGCGCGCCCAGGCCAUGAGGAAGGCCAUGAUCGACUUAAGGAACGCCAUGGCCACGCGUAAAGUCAAUAACGCUCUCAAGGCCAGGAACGGCCCGAUUGUCACGGAAAUGCUCAACCUGGCACCAGGAACCGACGUGCAGGUCUGGCGAGAAGGUAAAGGAUGGACUGGCCCACACAAAGUUAUCUCAGUCAACGAUUACAAUAUGAUUGUGGACCUACCCAGCGGUAUUACUGAUUUCCGUGUAACUUCAGUCCGACGUUACCAGCGAGACAAGAUCGAAUCGCCUCCGACUCGGCGCCUACUAGACACUGAUCUUCCUCCUCAAAAGGAGGAAGAAGGUAGAGAAAUCGACGGCCUACUGGCGGGCCGGCAAAGCGGCCCAGUAGUUGCUUGGGGAUCCUCAUUAUGUGACGCUGCCGCAGAAGUGGAAUCAGGAGAGCAUGCCGGCGCUGUGAAUCUGAAUCGCCGCCUGAGGAAGAGAGGGAUUCAUGUUCCUGAUGCACCGGUGAUGCCGCCAGCGCCACGCCGCCGAGGACGGCCCCCAGGUUCGAAGAACAAGCCAAAGACCUAUACGACUGAGGUCGAGGUGUUCCUAUCUAGGAAGGAAAAAGAUGACCUGGGACUAGCAGUCAAGCUGCGCCGAGAAGGGAAGAUAACCGCAAAUGGCGCGCCAUUUGAGCUCUCUGCAAUGGCUGAGAUCGAUGGUCUCAUUGCGAAUGGCACUUUCAAGAUAAUACACCGUGAAGAUUUGGAUCUCAGAGCUGUACGAAUCUUCAACUCCCGGUUGGUCAAUGAGAUAAAAGGCAAGAACGAGGAGCCGUACAAGAAGUCACGCCUCGUCAUAUAG